AAGGUGCGAUCGGCAAUUGUAUUUGUCGCUCUUCCUGUCUGUCAUUAGACACAAGACGCCGGUGAAUGUAGUGGUGGUGGGGGGGCUAGACUUAAAAGGUCAUUGUGAAUUCCGCUCAGGUAACUGCAGAGACAAAAUAAAUAAACCGAUAAGAUAAUGAGCGAGGUAAACAUGGGGACAAAGUCGACCUGACACGAAACACGGGCUCCGGCACACUGCAGUGAGCAGAAGCAGCUGGCAGCAGUUAUCCUGAGCAGAGACAUGAACUGCAGCGAGGGGACCGUCUUCUAUUCCUAAGCGGAUCAAGGUGAAAUUGGACGGACUCGGCUCCUGCUUGGAAGGGGAACAAAAGUUUGACAUUUGCUCGAGACGAAAAACGAGGUUAAAGGAUGUUGAGGUUGGUGAGCUCCACAGUCCUGCUCUUUCUGCUCAGGCUGGUUCUUGGCCUGCCUUGGUACCAGGUCCUACCCAGUCUGCUCAUAUUCUACCUGGGCUCCGGUGGCUGGCAGUUUGCCGAUGUCUUCAUCAAAACCAUCUGGAGAGACUUGCACGCGGCCGGUGUUCUCCUCAGGGUGAAGCUGAAUGUGAAGCGGCACUUGCGUGAGGGCAACACUGUGCCCAAGAUUUUCGCCUCCAUGGUGCAGCUGCACGGGGACAAGCCUGCGCUGAUCUUCGAGGGAACUGGCGAGACCUGGAGCUUCCGCCAGCUAGACGAGUACUCGAACCGCGUGGCCAACCUGCUGCUGGAGCGGGGGUACCGCGAGGGGGAUGUGCUGGCCCUCUUCAUGGAGAACCGCAGCCAGUACGUGGGGCUGUGGCUGGGCAUGGCCAAGAUCGGGGUGGAGGCGGCACUCAUUAACUUCAACCUGCGCCUGGACGCCCUGGUGCAUUGUGUCAACAUCUCCAACGCCAAGGCCGUGGUGUUUGGAGGAGAGCUCGCUGGUGCUGUGCAGGAGGUGCAUGCUUCGAUGGGCAGGUCGGUGAAGCUGUUUUGCUCCGGAGACUGGGAUCCAUCGAAGGUUCCUAAGGAGACUGAGAGACUGGAGCCCCUGCUGGAUGCAGCCCCCUCCCACAAGCCCAGUCCCCCCAACAGGGGCUUCACAGACCGACUGUUCUACAUUUACACCUCUGGGACUACAGGGAUGCCCAAAGCCGCUAUCGUGGUGCACAGCAGGUAUUACCGCAUGGCUGCUCUGGUCUACUACGGCUUUGGGAUGUCCUCCGAUGAUGUGCUGUACGAUUGCUUACCGCUCUACCAUUCGGCAGGGAACAUCGUUGGGGUUGGACAGUGUCUGCUCCAUGGAAUGACCGUUGUCAUCAAGCGGAAAUUCUCCGCUUCCCGUUUCUGGGAUGACUGCAUCAAAUACAACUGCACAAUUGUGCAGUACAUCGGGGAGAUCUGCCGAUACCUGAUAAAUCAGCCUGUCCGGGAGGCAGAGAAGCAGCACCGGGUUCGCAUGGCGCUGGGCAAUGGGCUGCGGCCGUCCAUCUGGGAAGAGUUCACCUCCCGCUUCAGCGUGCCCCAGAUCGCAGAGUUCUAUGGGGCCACAGAGUGCAACUGCAGCCUGGGCAACUUCAACAACAAGGUUGGUGCUUGUGGGUUUAACAGCCGGAUCCUGCCCUUUGUGUACCCGAUCCGACUGGUGAAGGUGGACGAGGAGACCAUGGAGCUGAUCCGGGGUCCCGAUGGAGUCUGUAUCCCCUGCAAGCCAGGGGAACCAGGGCAGCUUGUAGGUCGAAUCAUCCAGAAUGACCCCCUGCGCAGAUUCGAUGGCUACGUCAACCAGUCAGCGACUAGCAGUAAGAUCUCACAUGACGUCUUUAAGAAAGGGGACAGCGCAUACCUCUCAGGUGAUGUGCUCAUCAUGGACCAGUACGGCUACAUGUACUUCAGGGACCGCACAGGGGACACGUUCCGCUGGAAAGGAGAGAACGUGUCCACGACGGAGGUGGAGGGGACGCUGAGCCGCCUCCUGGACAUGACGGACGUGGUGGUGUACGGAGUCGAGGUGCCAGGGGUAGAAGGAAGAGCGGGGAUGGCAGCUAUCGCAGACCCAGCCAGUGGGAUUGACUUGGAGAGGUUUGCCAGGGACCUAGAGAAGGCGCUGCCUCCCUACUCACGGCCCAUCUUCCUCAGAGUGCUGCCUGAGGUCAACAAGACAGGGACCUACAAGUUCCAGAAGACAGAGAUGCGUCAGCAGGGGUUUGACCCCAAGGUCGUCUCGGACCGACUGUACAUCCUAGACUGCAGCAAAGGGAAAUACAUUCCAUUGGAUGAGGAGGUCUACCGCAAUAUCCAAUCAGGGAAGCAGAAGCUGUGACCACCGUGACCGUUACUCAAUUACUGUACCUCAGGCCCCAGAGCUAUUAAAGGGGGCCAUUGCAUAGGUUCCAGCAGCAAAUGGGUUAACAAAAAAAAUACAUGCAGAAGCAAAGUAAUAUUUAAAAAGGGAUAUGGACUGUUGAGUAAGAAAGGGACACUAAGGGGCAGGAGUCAAGCCAAUCAAAAAGGAACAUUUUCCGAUUUUUAGUUUUAUUUAUUUUUUUCAUGGGCCAAUGCUGUUUCAAACCUUUUCUCCCUUGUCUAAAAGCCCGCAGACCACAAUGACUGCUUUCAACAGCUUGCAAGUGUGACCACCGACACCCGCUGAAGCUGCCUGCAAACAUGGCUAUUGAUGGCUCAGUGCAACUGCAGUUACAGGGCAUACAGUAGGACAGUCUGGAGUAAGGGUAGACUGCAGUUCCAGUAUAACUAGUGAUCUUUUAAUUGCAGUUCUUCUGCAGUCCUAGUGAUGCUCUGUUAUCACUGCUGAAAUGUCAUUGUGACAUUUAAAGAGAAAAGAGCUCUGAAUGUCAUUUUUACAAAGGCUUUGCAGUUUAGCUGAAUCUCAGCAGAUCACAAGAAAACUUUCAGGAUAAAUGUGUGUUUAUUUUUUUUUAACCAGUGUAGUACAGGGGUGCUGGAUCUUCUUGCUUCAGACCUUCCUUUUAUAAUAUUUGACCUUGGCAGAGAAGGUAGUAAUUACUGCUAGCAUCCUAGCAAACCCUACUGCACACCUGCAUGUGUUUCCCAUCUUCAUAGCAUUCACCUGCACUAGGGCUGGUAAUAAUGUCGGCACACAUUUCUGGGAAUUGAAACCAGGGGCUUUGACAGAAGUGACAAUAGCUGUAAAUUCUAGCGCUAGCACAAGCACCAGAGAACCCCUAAAAACGCUACAAAGAGAAGUCCCCUAUUCUACUUGCCUGCACUGUUACCUGUUUGUGAUGCACAAUGUUAGCUGGCAUUCAAUUAGCACCAUGUUCUGCAUAAGCCCUUUUAAAAUACUAUACACACUUGGAGAGUCUGUGGCUUUCUGUAGUCUUUGAACUAGCUUUCACAUCCCCCAACUGCAACAUUACUAGGUGCUCCAAAACCCAGCAGCAAAACGAAGCAAAAGCUAUUCAUUUCCUUUUAUAUUUAGAGCGCUCGCAGACGAUGGCUAUCUGCUCUAAAGGAAACUAAAUGAAGCUUACUGCUGUUAAGAGCGCUGGAACUGGAAUCCUCUUCAGUGCGGUUAGAGAGUUGUGAUUAAGGGGUUAAAAGCAGGGUUGCUUCACUGUAGCAUGUGGGGAUGUUUUGUAUCUUGUUGUAGUGUUUGUUUGUUUUUUCCUACAAGAUGGCUUUUCUCAGACUGGUUGGUAUAUGAGCACAUUGGGCACUGUAGCUGCUUCACAAGAAUUCAAAUGUAGUUAUGCAUGAACUCUAAUUUUAUUUAAUUCAAAUAGGAUUCUUUCAAAAUACAAUUUUAAUGAAACCCUAGAUCAGCAUCCGCUGCUAUUUGCAAACGAUUGAGUAUAUCAGGGUACUGCACUGCUUUCAAUUGAUCGUCUCAAGCAACUCGCGCAGUCACUAAUUGGCUGUGUUCCAGGUUACUGCUGUGACAGUAUCUUGCCAUUUGUUUAAGAACUUUUUUGGUUCUUUGCUUGUGUUUUAUAUAUCCAUAUUUCAUCAACCCUACAGAUGAAAAGGUGCUGCUGCUUUCAGGUACCUAAUCACUUCACGUGUUGUCAUUGAAAUCAUUGGGCCUACAGCAAAGCUAUAAGGUACAGUUUGUCUAUGGUGUUGUGUCUUGAAAUAUUUCCAUAAGAAUUAAUAAGAAAGGAAAACUCAAAUAUCAGCAUAAUAAAAGGGGUACCAUUAAUAACAUUAAUAAAUCUAAUAAAAGGUAAGACAUUUUAAAGCUUAAAACUCCUUUUAAAUUUGUGCAUUUGGGUGAGAAAAGACAUUCAAGCCAAAAAAACCAAACAAACACGUGUGCCUCCCGUGAGGUCCCUGGCGAUUUGAUGCCCUGCAACAGCAUACAACUGAGAUUUCAAAAGGCGUACAAAGAGCUUGAGAACGGAUUGCCUGUUCACUGCAUGGCUGAUGUGGGCUUUGUUGGGGUGAAAUGGUUGAUUCAGCUGGUUAGAUGGGGGAAUUCUAAAGGGAUAGCUACUACUUGGUCACCAAAAUCAUGUUCAUGUUCACGUUUGAGUUAUUAGUAGAAAAGAGCUCGGCCCUACUUCACCCAUGAUUGUUUUCAGUUUUGGUGCAAUACAUAUAUAAAAUCAAGCCUCCGUACCGAGAAACCCAAAAGAGCUACCAAAGACUGGAUCCGCUGUUAACACCAAGCUCUCUUCCUUUUCUUGUGCAAUCCAGUAAAUAAAGGGAGAGAUUUUCAGCUGACAUGAAGGAUGAACCAACUAAAGCAGUGUGCCUUAGCAUGACAGCCAUCUGCAGGCUAAUUUCACAAGGGCAGAUUACAGAUCUUGAUCUUGUUUAUGCAGGUUUAUAAGUGGGAGAAGAAUCAUUUGGAUCAAGUGGAAGCACCAUUGCUUUUAAAAUAGGUAGUAGUUUUUAUAUUGUAUCUGUAAAUCUUUCAAACCCAAAUGGACUGGGAUCAUUGAAACUUGAACACACUGAGCACAUCUAGAAAAGCAAUGCUUUAAGAUACAAUUUUAAUAUUUUAAAAAAGAAUACCUUGUAUAUACAAUUUAUUAUAAAGGGCAUGGUUAACCAUACUAGGUAUUUUAUUGAGGCUCUGGAUGACUGACAAAAACAAUUUUGCUGCAUAUCCCUUGUUUGUAGAUGCUUAUUGACAGGUCCUUUUUAAACUAAUGUAUGACCAAGCAUCUACCAUUGACUAAU